AUGCCGCUGAAGGAAUCUUACGUGAUCUGGAACAACAAAGGCGGAGUGGGGAAAACUACUCUCACCUUCCAUAUAGCCACAGAGUACGCUAAGCAGCAUCAAACCGAGAAUGGAGCUACCGUGAAUGUUCUUGUGAUCGAUUUGUGCCCACAAGCGAACGCGUCGAUGGCGCUGUUAAGCUCACCAGAAGUUUACGGAAGUGCGCAUUUGUCUACUUUGUACAGAAAUGGAAAGACUAUCAGUCACUACCUGAAAAAAUCGACACAAAGAGGACCCACUAUAAAGGUGAACGAAUUUAUCACUCGCGUUUCAGAAUACAAUCGUCAAGUGCCUGCGAAUUUAUUCCUCCUCUGCGGAGAUAUGAAACUUGAAUUGGUGGGUCGCCACCUCGAACAUUCGCGACGCGGGUAUGAUGCACCCGACGACAGCCCAUGGUUGAAUAAUACGUGUUCCGUUCGGAGCUUCAUUGAGGGUUCAAAAGACCUAGUCGACGGCGUGAGUGAAAGCGAUGAAGAAUGGGUCGUGUUUAUUGACACAAACCCAGCCUUCUCAGUGUACACCGAGAUUGCACUCGCAGCAGCAAGAAAGCUAAUCAUCCCAAUCAAUUCUGAUGAUUUUUCCGUUGAAGCUGUGCGAGCCAUGCUGGAUUUAGUUUACGGUAUUCACCCACAACAAGGUCAAGAAAAACAGGAUCAGUACUUUGAGGCGUACCGAAAUUACAUGUUCAGCAGCAAAGCCGAAUCGUACAACCUUAGACUACCGCAGAUCCAUUUGCUGGUAAACAACAGAGUGACGGUGUAUCACACACGCGCCGCCACAGCCUUCAGUGCUAUGGGCGAAGAAAACUUCAAAGUCCUUUAUGAGGCCUACACGCAACAUCAAGCGGAAAAGCAAUGCUUUUCACCGCCCAAAGGGAAAAUUGAUGAUGAAAAAGCCUUCAAGGAGCAUUAUUCUGUAGACCUUCGUGAUUUCCAUUCGAUAGCUAUAGUCUCUCUUCAUACAGGGUGCCCACUCUCAUGUCUUGGUGGAAUUCAGGGAAAAGCUAAAAUCAGUGAAAAAGUUAUGGUCCAUAUUGACAAAAAUUUGUUGUCGGCCUACACUGCCACACUCGAGAAACUCGUGCAAAAGUUGUGA